CACUGUCCUAAUAUGCCAGAGAAAGCACGAAUCAUACUUGGGUAGACAACGAUCUCAAGGUCAGAGUAAUCUUAGGGUAUCAGCAGCCCUGCCCUAAAAGUCUUUCCUCCACUUUCUAUCGUCAUCCCAACCCCACAUCAAGAUAUAUGCACUGUUCGGUCUCUACGACUUACGAUUGACUGCUGGCCGUCCUUUGAGGACUACACGUCACGAUCUCAUCAAAAUCUACAACAAAAAUAAACAACUAGCGGGAGACACCAAACAAACAAAAUAUCAUGAGUAACCUUGAAGUGGUUGAUAAUUACAAGAAUGGCCCAGAUCAAGUUAUUCCUGCAUCAUCUCUUAAAACCUGGGAUGCAGAUGGAGCCACACAAUUGUCUCUGUCAGAUGAAGAGGCUGCAUCCUUUAAACCCAUAUCAGUGUACACCAUGUUGAAAGAGACAGCAGAAAACUAUCCAAACCAUCCUGCCUUGGCUGUUAAAAGAGGAGUAUGGAAACACUGGACGUAUAAGGAGUAUUUUGAGGAAUCCAAAGCAGUAGCAAAGGCUUUCAUUAAGUUGGGCCUUGAUAGAUUCCAUGGCAUCUGCAUCAUGGGCUUCAACUCUCCAGAAUGGGCUAUAGCUAAUUAUGGUGCUGUGUUUGCUGGUGGGUUGUCUGCUGGAGUAUAUACAACCAACUCUCCAGAGGCAUGUAGACACUUGGCUGACAACUGUGAUGCUCAAAUAAUUGUUGUUGAAGAUGUUGCAUGCCUGAAUAAAUUUUUAGCUGUCAAACGCUUCCUGCCCAGCAUAAAGGCUAUCAUUCAGUGGUCUGGUGCUCCCUGUACACCAGGAGUAUUGUCUUGGACAGAACUCUUAGCCAUUGGCCUGGCUGAGAAAGAUACUGAAUUGAAUGAAAGGCUUUCACUGUCAGCUGUGAAUCAGUGCUGCACCCUCAUCUACACCUCAGGUACCACUGGACCACCAAAGGGAGUAAUGUGUUCACAAGAUCAUCUGAUUUGGGCAAGUCAUCAGUACAAAAUAAAUGGUUUACUGAAAGAUACUGAAGAAUGCAUGGUAUCAUAUCUUCCUCUGAGUCAUUUGGCAGCUCACUUACUGGACAUCUACAUAUCAUGUGUAUCAGUUGCUACAGUUUAUUUUGCUCAACCAGAUGCCUUGAAAGGAUCUUUGCUACAAACUCUCCUUGAGGUUCAACCAACUCGGUUUUUGGGUGUUCCCAGGGUAUGGGAAAAAAUGUAUGAAAAGAUGCAGGAAGCAGAAGCUAGUGUAGGAGGCUUGAAGAAAAAAAUUUUAUUGUGGGCCAAGUAUCAUGGCUUAAACUACUACAAUGCCAUAAGAGAUGGGAGAAUCCUAAGUUCAUAUGAGGUCGUGGCCAAUUCACUUGCUAAAUCCUUAAUCAUAAACAAAGUCAAGGCAGCAAUUGGCUUGAGUCGUGGUACUGGCUUGAUCUCAGGAGCUGCUCCCAUUUCUAAGGAAGUCUUGGAAUUCUUUAUGAGCUUGGACCUACCCAUUAUGGAGGGAUAUGGGCUUUCAGAGAGCAUGAGCAUAUGUUCGAUGAAUAAGACAGAAGAAAGAAUGUUCAAGCUUGGAAGUGUUGGCAAGAUUCUACCUCAGACUACUUGCCGCUUGGAAUACUUCAGUGGAUGCAAGCCUGGAGAAGGAGAGAUAUUAAUCAAAGGUCGAAAUGUAUUCAUGGGAUAUCUGAAAAUGCCAGAGAAAACCAAUGAGACUAUUGAUGAUGAGGGCUGGAUGUGUACAGGAGACAUUGGCUCUUUCAAUGAUGAUGGGUUCCUGUAUAUUACUGGACGUAUUAAAGAGCUGGUCAUCACAGCUGGUGGUGAAAACAUCCCUCCUCUUCUCAUUGAAGAUGCUGUGAAGAAGGAGCUUCCAUUCAUCAGUAAUGCCAUGCUUGUUGGUGACAGGCAAAAAUACUUGUCAAUACUAUUGACUUUGAAAACUGAUGUCAGUGAAGAAACAGGAGAACCACUGGAUACUUUGUCUCCCCAGUGUCUAAGGAUGAUGAUAAAUCUAGGGCUGCCUCAAUUGCAUACAGUAACUGAUGCUUUGAGAGACUUGGAGAAGAAUCCUCAGGGAGUCCUGGCCACUGCUAUACAGGAGGGUAUUCACAGAUAUAAUGAUCAUCAUGCAGUAUCAAGAGCACAGAAAGUACAACGGUGGAUGGUCUUACCUCAUGAUUUUUCUCUGCCUACCGGAGAACUAAACAACACACUAAAGUUGAAGAGAAGUUUUGUGAUGGAAAAAUACUCAGAUACCAUAAAUUCUUUAUACAGUUCAAAAGAUCCUUGGGAAAAUAAAAGCAAACUGUAGGCAAACAAUAUGUCAGUAUGAGUUACCACAUUUUUUCAUAGUGCAAAUGAAGGCAACAUUGAUGAUAAUUGCAUGCAUGAUAGAAAUAUUACUCUUUUCUUGGGGUUGAAAUUAAUUUUGUUCUAUUUAUUUUGUGGUGCUUGUACUGAUGAGUGCGAGACAAACAAGUUAUGAUGAUAAUAUCAUUCAAUCAUAGAUCUUCACGUGUUGGGCUUGAAAGGUGUUGAUGUAGCAAAACUCAUGAAUUAGAUUCAUGGUGGUAUAUAGUGCAAUAAGUGUUUCUAUUCUUUCUUUGAUUUUAUUUAUAAGCUUAAUAGUUUCUCUAUUGUGUAUUCUUUGUUUUAACAUUUUAGUGCUCUAAUUUCUUAUAUUAUGUGUGU